AUGCACACAGCUACUGCUUAUUCUCAUCAUCCAACCGGUUAUCCAUCAUUUUUAUCUUAUGCACCAACAACACAACGAAAAUCUGAUUAUGGAAUGUCACUUCAUCAUCCACAUCAUUAUUUAAAUGAUUCAAUUGGUACAAAUACAUCAACAAGUAGUCCAUCAUCAAAUAAUAGUUCAGCACAUUUAUUAUCCUAUAGUGGUUAUAGUACUGGUCUUGAUUUAUCAUUUCAUUCAAAUAAUCUUAAACGACCACGCAGUGAUAUUGAUGAUGAUGAAAAUAAUAAUAAUGAUGAUAGUCAAACAUCACCAUCACCAUCAACAUCUAUUUUAGGCGAUAUAACAUCAACGACAAAUGGUCAAAAAAUUCUGCAUAUGAAACAAGAUUAUACACAAAAUGAAUUAUGUCCAUCAUUACCAUUUAAAAAACGUGCCCGUGCUGUACCACCUGAACAAAAAGAUACGGCUUAUUAUGAAAAACGAGCACGUAAUAAUGAAUCAGCUAAACGUUCACGUGAUGCACGUCGUAUUAAAGAACAACAAACACAACAACAUUUAAUAUGUUUAGAACAAGAAAAUAAACGUUUAUCAAUGGAAAAUCAAGCACUUCGUUAUCAACUUCAUGCAUUAUGUGGUGUAUCAAAACCAUUACAAUAA